AUGUUUUAUUUGGGAACGCGUUGCAAAUAUAAAUAUUUUUUAUACAAAAUAACAUUUUAUUCACUGUUUUACAAUUUUUUGUGUUCCUGGACGAUGAUCUUCGACACAAUGAUGGAACCUUGCAUUCGAUUUGUUACAAAAUUUGUGAAAAUCUUGGGAUUGAUUUUUUUGUCACUUUUUGUUGUCUUGACUACGUCUGUGGUUGUCAUAUUUUACUCCUGUUUACUACCAAUUAAAAUUGAAGAAAGCAUUUAUUGGACUAUUUAUCAUUUGGUGUUUGGUCACUGGCUUCUGUUAAAUAUUGUAUUCAAUUAUUUCAAAGGCUCGUUUACAUGUCCUGGAUAUACUAAAAAUGAUGAAACGAUAACAAUAUGUAAAAAAUGUAUGAUGCCAAAGCCCUUACGAGCACAUCAUUGUAGAGUCUGUAACAGAUGCGUUCUCAAAAUGGAUCAUCACUGUCCUUGGCUGAAUAAUUGUGUGGGCUUCUACAAUCAUCGUUACUUUUUUAUGUUUUGUGUCUACAUGUUAUUGGGCUGUGUUUAUGUGUCUGUUGUUGCAUAUCCCAUGUUUAAAAGGCAUUACAACAUUUAUUGGUCUCAACAGCUUCAACCUGGACGUAGCUACCUUUCAUAUCACAACAUCAUAAUGUUUGAGUUUUUGUUAUGUAGCACUGCAUGCCUUGCGUUAUUGGGAAUGGUCAUAUGGCACGCAAGGCUUAUUAGUUGUGGAGAAACAAGUAUAGAAUCGCAUAUAAACCGAACUGAAAGAAAGAAGCUGGAAGCAUGUGGAAAGGUGUACAAAAAUCCUUUUGACAAAGGUUUUAUUAAUAAUUGGAAAAUACUGCUUGGUCUCAAUAAUAAAAGAUCUUUCUGGAGACACAUACUAUUACCUUCGUCACAUGAACCGCACGGAGAUGGAAUACAUUGGACUGAUGAUCUAGACACCUCAGAAGUUGUCUAA